AUGCUUUCGAAAAACGGACAACAACAACAACAACAACAACAACCACUACAUAUUCUUGCUUUUGGUGAUUCUCUUACAGAAGGCUAUUAUCGUUAUGGUCUAGCUUUUCAUCCAUAUGCAACACAUCUAACAAAUUUGUUCGACUCAGCCAACAUUCCUGUAAAGAUACAUCAACAAGGUGUAAGUGGUGAACGGGUUGUACCUAGCAUGGUUAAAAGACUUCGUAGGCUGCUUGAAAACAAUGUAUCCUACGACUGGAUUAUUAUACUGGGUGGUACCAAUGAUUUGGGUUCGAGUUCAUCGGCUGAAGAUAUUUUUAAGAAAGGUUUAGAGCCAAUGUAUGAGAUGUGUCUUAAUCGUGUACAAUCAAAAGCUAAGUUGGUAGCAAUGACUGUUAUUGAAAAUGCACAUGAUUCACCAACACAUGCUAGAGAUAAAAAUAGACAAGAAUUGAAUAGAAUGAUUCGAGAUUAUGUGGCUAAUGCUAAUGAUCAAAAUCGAGUGUAUCUAGUGGAUCUUGACAAAGGUAUACCUUAUCAUUCUGUAGACGACAAUAAAGAACGAGAACAAAUUUGGGAUGAUACUAUUCAUUUGACAGCUGCUGGAUAUGAUCGUAUGGCAACAUUGAUCUUUGAUGCAAUUAAAAAUAGAAUUUAA